AUGGUUCACCUCCCGUUUUUUCAUCUUAUUGCACUUUCUCACGCUUUUGGGCAAGAUCGAAAAGCUGAGAUAGAAAAGUACCAGACGCUGGAAGAUGCCGUUCUCCCUGAGUACAUUUUCCUCCGUGAAAAAUCAUCCGACAUAGGCGAGUCCCGUCGACUAACAGCCUAUGACGAACACGGAAAAUCAAUGUGGGAUUUUCCGAUCGCCAACAAUAUCUUCAUGUACUCGCAGACCUUUGAAAAUGACGAUAACACUGAUGGUCUUAGACACAAGUACAUCGAAGGGUUGUUUUACAACAAAGAAGGGAAAAUAACAAAAGUUCAUUUUCACGAAGACUCGGAAUUCGAUGAAUUGGAAGAUUUGGAUCAUAUUCUGUCCAUUGAAAACAAUACUGUUGAAUCUUACAGUGACUGCCAAAAAGGAGUGCCCUGCGUUGUUGUUUUCAAAGAACAGUUGAUGUACAAAAUCGACGCUAGAGACGGAACCUUCGUGCAGUAUCUUGUCAAGGGAAAGCCCACCUUUCCUUCGUCAGAAUUCGCUUCAUAUCUGACCAAAGACCCGUCGAAGCACCCAGAGCAAUAUCUCCUGAUUGGUACUCAAUCCGUCGUGACCAAGCACAUCUGGGACGACAACAGGCAAAAUACCAUCGCGAUCAUAGAAGAACAGUCGGACUUUGAGUUCCGAAGCGACUACCGAGGGAAACACAUGUACUCCUUUGAAGUCGACCAGUUCAUCCGAAGAAGCGGCGAAACUGUCUGUACCUUUCGAGGUUACUCUGACAAGCAGCGAAAAGUAAAAAUGUGGAAUGAAAUCGAAGAAAUUGGCAGCGAAAUCAGCCUCGAAAAAUCUCACAUCAAAGAACUCCCAAAUUCCUCUCAGAAUCCAGAGUCUCAGAAUUUGCUUCCUCACGUGAAAGAGGAACAAAGCAUUUUGAAAGAAAUAGAAGAUCAUUCAAUGGAUCAAGACAAUCAUUGGCUGAAAGACCCUUCUCUAGAGGGUGAUAACCUGUCGAACUCGGAAAUAGAGCCAGGAAUGGAAGUCGAAGUUGUCGACGACUGGAACAUGGCAAUAACCUUGACGCUCAUCACCAUCAUCGGUAUUGGCUCACUCUGCUACAUCGGCAAUAAACGACAUCGUGAUUUCUGGCGAUAUUUGAAAUUCACAGUAGUUUACGGACUCAUGCGUGAUUUCUUCGUCCACAUCAAAUCGUUCAACAAAGUCCGAAAGCGACGAAUUUCUGCAUCAAACGAAACUUCGAUCAAAAUAGCAGAAGACUUGAUGGUGCCAGACUUGUAUCAUGAAAUGCCGGGAAAAGAGUUUGAGAAACUCAUGCGAGACUUGGACGAGAAGAACGAGGAGCUAGAACGGCUGCGAAGACAGAGCGACUCAGUAAGUACGAAUUUUGAGUCAAAGUAUGAACGAGAAUUCGAAACAAAAAAUGUUCUUGGAAAAGGAGGCUUCGGUGUCGUCUUUGAAGCGUUGAAUAAAAAUGAUAAAAGCAACUACGCGAUCAAACGAAUUGAACUUCCAAGGUGUGCGACUGGAGUUUCAAAAGAAAGGAUUGAGAGAGAGUUCAAAGCGCUGAUGGUUCUCAGGAACAAAGAUCUAAAUACAAGACAUUUCAUUGACUACUACCAGUGCUGGCAGGAGAAAAACGUCCCCAAAGACUGGGUCGCCGAUCACGAUCGACAAUUCAAGUCCCAACUGAGCAAUUACGACAGCUUAUCAGUCCUCGACAAGUCUGAAAGCCGCAUCGAGGAUCAAAUAUCAGAACAGCUCACAAGAUCAGCCCAGAAUUCCGUCGCAUCGGGGCUCAAGCUUGAUUUUUCCAUGAACGAGGAUGUUGUCUGGGAGGGCGAUUCAGACGGCUCUUGGGGAAACGAUUCGAAUUUGUCGGCCUCGGAUACUUCUGAUACUCACGAUGGAAACUGUGAAAGAAACAAGUCUUCCAAAACGUCCGACUCUGGUCUAUUCAUGUUCAAGACUGACAGAUCAAAUUCGAUUCGCCACAGAAAAUUGACAGAAAUCCAGAGAACUGAAUCGACACAGUCAAACGCUUCAAGCUCGAUUGUUUUCGAAAGUGGAGAUGGUUCAAUCCAAAUUGCUUCGGAAAGUCAAUAUACUGAAGAUUCACCUGAAGAACUCUCGGAUUCUAUUAGCUUGGCGAAUGUGAAUUACAAUCACGAUACAGUCGACUUUCUCUACAUUCAACUGCAACUCUGCCGCCGGGAUACUCUUAAACAUGAGCUCAAAAAGCGCGAGCGUGUGGAUCCAAGAAAGAGUCUUAAAAUUUUCGAAGAGAUUUGUCUUGGCGUUCAAGUUUUACACGAUAACGAAAUGAUUCACAGAGAUCUGAAGCCGGCGAAUAUCCUUUUUUCUCUCGACAAGGGUGCCAUUAAAAUUGGCGACUUGGGUCUUGUCGUUAUGAAAGACCAGAAGAAAGAAAACAAUAAAGCAUCAGCCAUCACCCAUGUAAAUUCAAUCCUCGAAGGAUCAAUUCAUACUGGAGGCAUUGGUACGCGCUUAUAUAUGGCCCCAGAAUUGCGCGAAGGACUACCCUACUCAUACCCCAUUGACAUUUAUGCUCUGGGAGUGAUUUUGCUCGAACUAUUCGAGAUUUUUUCAACACAACAAGAAAGAGUCACCGUGAUUCUAAGAGCAUCAGAAGGAAUACUGCCACUUUCGAUUCGAGACAACUAUUCAGACGUUGCUGCACUAAUUUUAAACAUGCUCGAUGAUGAACCCCUUCAACGUCCCAAAAUCGCCCAGAUCCUUGGCCGGUGCCAAGAACUCCAACUGAAUUUUAUAUAA